AUCAAAAUCUGCCAGCGAGUAAAAUAGCCGCUGUGACCUGUGAGAAGUCGCUGCCGACGUGGCGUCAGUUACAGAAGCCGUCUCCGUUUUCUGCUACUCAUUCUUCCACCUAAGAAUUUCAUUUCUGAACUUCUCUCAGAUUUCUCGCCCCAGUUUCACGGCAUUUUCCGAUCUCGAUUAAGGUUCCUGUAGACGUCGCCAUUGUUUCUGCGGAUUCCGUAAAAUAGCCUUCAAAUGUCGGUAAAAACAGUCAAAGUAAGCAAUAUUUCACUAGCUGCAUCCGAACAGGAAAUCAAAGAAUUCUUCUCCUUCUCUGGUAAUAUUCAAUAUGUUGAAAUGCAAAGAGAAUCUGAAAGAACUCAACUUGCAUAUGUUACUUUCAAGGAUUCACAGGGUGCGGACACAGCAAUACUUCUUUCGGGAGCCACCAUUGUUGACCUUUCUGUCACAAUAACACCUAUUGAGAAUUACCAGUUGCCUCCUGAAGCUUUUCAACCAAACUCGCCUUCUAGUACUAAUCCAGCUGUUAAGAAGGCCGAGGAUGUUGUGAGUAGCAUGCUUGCUAAGGGUUUCGUAUUGGGGAAGGAUGCUCUCAAAAAGGCCAAGUCCUUUGAUGGGCGGCAUAACUUAACAUCAAAUGCCUCUGCAAAAGUUGCAUCCCUUGACCAGAAGAUAGGGCUAAGUGAGAAGAUUAGUGUUGGUACUGCUGUGGUCAGUGAAAAGGUGAGGGAAGUGGACCAGAUGUUCCAGGUGACUGAGAAGACAAGAUCAGCCCUUGCAUUGGCUGAACAGAAGGCAAGCAGUGCAGGGUCUGCCAUCAUGAGCAACCGUUAUGUCUCCACAGGGGCAUCAUGGGUGUCAAGUGCCUUAAGCAUGGUUGCGAAGGCAGCUGAGGAUGUUACCUUAAUGACCAAAGAGAAAGUUGAGAAGGCUGAGGAGGAGAAAAAGGAGACCAUUUAUCGAGAGAGGACAGGGCUUGUCAAUGACUUUGCACAAAUCCAUCUUGAUUCUCCUGCAGGGGAGCCUCCUAUAGUGCCAGUUGCUUCUGCUGAUGAUGGAAAGCUCGGUGUUAUAUGACUACCGGCAUUACUCUUGUCCAUUUCUAAGUUUCAUUUUAUUUUCGUCAGUUUGUUGUAUAUAUAUAUAUAUAUUUAUUUUGGUGUGAAUGGUACCAUUGUUUUCUCCAUAUGUUUACCAUUAGUAUUGAGCUUCAUGUAGGUUGCAUGAUUGGUUUAUAAUUGUAUUUCACGUUGGAUGUUCAUGGUAACAUGGAAUUCCAAUGAGACAUUUUCUCUUCCA